ACUGCGCAUGCCUUAUCUAAGUCUAUGGUUGCACCGAAAGUAGGUUCGAAAACUGGCAAUUUAGUGUGUGUAUGUAUUUCAGAAAGAUAAUUUUAAAACCAUUGACAUUAUCCUGCUAGUUAUCUGAAGUAUUCCGCAAAAUGGAUAUAGAGGGUGGCACGUAUGAGCCGGGAUUUGUUGGUAUUCGAUUCUGCCAAGAAUGCAAUAACAUGUUGUACCCAAAAGAGGACAAGGAUAAUCGUGUCCUGUUAUAUGCAUGCAGGAAUUGUGAUUACCAGCAGGAGGCAGACAACAGCUGCAUUUAUGUCAACAAGAUCACCCACGAGGUUGAUGAGUUGACACAGAUCAUUGCAGAUAUAUCCCAGGAUCCAACCCUGCCCCGGACAGAGGACCACCCGUGUCCUAAGUGUGGCCACAAGGAAGCAGUGUUUUUCCAGUCGCACAGCAUGAAAGCCGAGGAUGCCAUGCGUCUGUACUACGUCUGUACCGCCCCUCACUGUGGACACCGCUGGACAGAAUGAAGAAGUGAAGAGGAAGUUCCACUGCCACACUGGGUAUCCCAAACUAUACCCUGCUGGCAUCAUUGACAGAAAAUAACUUUUGUCAUACUGCCCGAAAGGCUUAUUGUAAAAACUGUUGCAUCUGAAUCAGAUGCUCUUGCAGACCUGUUAAUUCCAGCUUUGAUGCAGGGUGGAUUUUUGUUUUGUGUUUGCAUUGGAUUUUUUUCUAAUGUUAUGGUAUUUUUAUAGACCUCUGUAUUUUUCUCAUUUUUUUUUUAGAAAUGUGAGCAAGUAUUAAAUCCACUUGGAAAAA